AUACGCACAUUCUUGAUAUAGCUGAUGCAGAAUGAUUCAGUGACAGACUGCGAAGAAGCUGUAUGCGAGCCAGGGAGUGCUCCGCCAUACAUUUCAAUCGUCCCCGUGGAAAAGCCUAUCAGAUUCUGCUGCCCAGGACAAACUGUUGCUACAAACUUAUGCAGAGUUUGGUGGCUCGUGGGCUACAAGAUUGAAAGUAUCAGAGCAGUAGUGUGUCCAGUGGAGUUGUUAAUGUUAUAGGGAGAAUACAGUGUGGAGAUACAGAUCAUGCAAACAGAGAUUUACAGUGUGAGGAUUCUUGGUAAGAUUCCUGGGCUCCUUCUACUCAGUGCUUCAUGGACUGGUGACUUGAAUGGAUGAACUGUUGAUGGAGGGGAUGACUUUUGGGACAAAUUGAACUGAGUAUGGUUGUUUGAAGAUUAAAAGAGUGUUUGACACAAAAAAAGUUACACCCACACAAAAAAACAAAUUCAAAAAUUUAUUGCUAAUUUAAAAAAUUAGAAUACUUAUCUGAAAAGAGUUUAAAUAUCAUUAACUCAACUAUAAAAAUCAUGAAAGUUUAAAUACUUAUUAUUAUCUUCAAAAAUCACUAGGACUUGGAUUCCACACUUACAUAUACCUUCACCGUUUAUAGUUGCCAAUCCCGCCUCACCGGUGACUCUUUUACAGUGAAAUCCAUCAACAUAAGGCUAGACUUGUGGUAAUCGAUUUUUUCCAAAACAAAGAUAUUUUCGAGCUAGUAAUCAACCACACGGGUAUUCUAAAAUAAAGUGAGCCCAUAUGCCUUUCUUCUCAACUAAUGAAAGCUAUCUAUAUCACUGCCAUAAAAACGGGGCAAUUCACCGGGACAUUAAGCCCAAAAACAUCUUAACGGACAGCAGAUUCAGGAUGAAGCUUGCGGAUUUUGGAUUCGCUAAGGUUGUUAGGAAGAGAAAGACUGUGAAUGGGGUGUGGGGUCACCGUGAUAUAGAGCGCCUGAGGUUUUGUUGGGGAAUGAAUAUGAUGAGAAAGUGGAUGCGUGGAGUGCUGGGGUGGUGAUGUAUAUUAUGUUGGCGAGGUCUCCUCCGUUUAACGGGAAAACGAUUGAAGGAGAUUUCUAACGCAAUUCUGAGAAAGGAUUUGAGGAUUCCUGAUGAAGUUUUUUAAUCGAUUUCAACAUUAGUUAUUGAUCUUUUGAAGAGGAUGUUUUGUAGGUGUCCUGCCAGGAGGUUGUCUGAUGAAGGAGUACCAAGUGAUCUGCUCUUGUUUCUAAUACUUGGAGUUAAUUACAGGACAUCCAUGGUUUUUAUUGCUCUAGUAAGAUGUAUUUGACGAGGGUGAAAUUGUAGUAGAGGUUGAUGAUUCGUGGCUCUUGCAUGAGGACUAAUAGUUAUACUUCAUAACAUGUCUGGUUCUGGGAUAGAGGAGAUUCUUCAAGGCCAGAGAUUUUUAUAGAGCACCACUGCAUAUUGCUGAGUAUCGUGGUGACUGCAACUGCUUACUUGCUCGACAAGGAUGGUGAAGCUGUUUGGUUAACAUGUUGGUAAUUAUGGUGAAACUGAUGUUGUUUUUGCAUUUUAAACUGUAUUUUAAAAAUACUUUUGGCUAUUUUAAUAUAUUUAUGAAUAAAACACAACAUCUACCUAUUUUCUAAGAAGCCUGGAGUACAUCUUCUUCGAUGUCACCGUCUUGACCCAUAAAAUUCUGCCUAAUUUGGACUCGUCAUCCCCCUAUCUCCUUGUAAUUGAUGGAGAGAGAAGGGCCCACCAAAUCCCCAUUAAUAAAAAGACAGCAGAACAAAUCAAGCCACCAUCAGGCAUGAGCUGCCUAGAAUCACGCAAUCUUACAAUAUUCAAAACCCUUUCCUGCACUCUUCUAGAUAUCUCUCUUCCCUUGAAAGCUUCAUCAUCUUUCUUCUUUCAGCAACCUUAAACUGGGUUUUUCGCUUAUGUUGCACCUCUUGUUUCCAACUCACAAACUGAGUCAUUAUAAACAGCAUGGACAUUAAUCUUAGUAACUUCUUAACCUCUUAGUAAUCAAGAAUUAUGUUUCCUUUAUCAAUUGCCAGUCAAAGUCCACUUACCAAGUUGUCUCCAGAUAACCCAAAAAUACAAAUAUUCCCUUCUAAUAAGUUAUCUCACUUGAAACCAGUUCCAUGCUCUUCUCACAAGAAGAACCCUAACAUCAUUAACAACCCUUCAAAGCCCAAGACUUAUCCUUUUAGCUCCAUUUUAAUAGCCCCAGAUCAAGUUUCUCCUAAGAAAGGUAAGAAAAGCAGGGGAUAUGAGGAAAGGAGAGGUUUUGGCCAUUUGGGUAGCCAACAGAUGCUGGCUUUGUGUGGGUUUGGGUAUUGGAUGCAGGGUUUUAGGUGCUUUCCUUUGCUUGCACUCAACUUCCAUAUGGCUCACAAUCUCAACUUGCAUUCAUCAACGCUGCAGCUUUUGCAAAACUGUGGUAACUUUCCCAUGGUGGCUAAGCCUCUUUAUGGAAUCCUCUCUGAUGCUCUUUACACUGGAGGUGCUCAUAGAAUACCUUAUAUUCUAGUGGGAGUCUUUUUGCAGGUGCUAGCUUGGGGGCCACUAGCAUUGAUCCCAGUUGCACGGGAAGCCCUUGGAAUCCUUAUGGCAUGCAUUCUUAUCAGUAAUCUUGGCGCUUCUAUCACAGAAAUAGCAAAGGAUGCCCUCGUUGCAGAAUAUGGCCAAAAAAACAGAAUUGGGGGCCUCCAGUCUUAUGCAUUUAUGGCUUUAGCUGUUGGUGGAAUCCUAGGCAACUUGCUAGGUGGUUGUUUCUUACAGAAAACACCACCCAAAACCAUGUUCCUUGUAUUUUCAGUUCUGCUAUCUCUUCAACUGGCAUUUUCAUCAACAGUGAGAGAGAACUCUCUUGGUUUAUCAGAACCAUCCGAUCACAACCUUGUAAAGAAAUCAAUUUGGGAGAAUAUUAGGAAGCAGAUAAGUGAUCUUAAAACUGCAUUAAACGAUGACAACAUCUCCUGCCCUCUCACUUGGAUUGUAGCUUCUAUUGCUACGGUCCCGGUUCUCUCAGGUUCCAUCUUUUGCUACCAAACUCAGUGUCUACAUCUUGAUCCUUCAAUUAUUGGAAUGUCACGCGUAAUUGGCCAGUUGAUACUUCUUUCCAUGACUAUAAUCUAUGACCGUUUUUGGAAAGAAGUGCCUAUGAGGAAAUUAGUUAGUGCAGUCCAGUUUUUAUAUGCCUGUUCUCUUCUUCUGGAUCUUGUUCUAGCGAGACAGAUCAAUCUUAAAUUGGGAAUUCCCAAUGAGGUGUUUGCCUGUUGUUUUUCGGGUUUAGCAGAAACACUUGCACAAUUUAAGCUCCUUCCUUUUUCAAUGCUAUUGGCGAGUUUAUGUCCACAGGGUUGUGAAGGAUCUCUUACCUCUUUCUUGGCAUCAUCGUUGUGUUUAUCAUCAAUUGUUAGUGGGUUCUUGGGCGUUGGGUUAGCUUCUCUGAUUGGAAUAACAUCUGGUAAUUACUCAAGCCUGCCAGUGGGAAUUUUGAUACAGUUCCUUGCAGCAUUAUUGCCUUUAGGAUGGAUUCAUCGUUUACCCAUGUCCAAACCCAUUGUUGAGAAGGAAAGAAAGCGAGGUAUGAGUAAAAGAACACGAAAAAAUAGAAGGGUUGGAAGAGUGGUGUUUGGCUCUAUUUAUGUUUACCACCGUGAAAGAGAAUCUGAUUCACAGAGAUAAACAAGCUAGAGGGACGGACGACAGCAUUUUGCUGGAAAAUGAGUGGUAGGAGAUUGGAACAUUUGAAUUGUCUUCACACUGCCGAAUCGUCGAAUCAUAUGGGAAUGUGAUGCACCGAGCCUAUCUCAGCUGCGCUAAGAUUGGAAUGACCCUUCAAUUAGUACAAAUCCUCUGGCAAAGAUGAUCAAUUUGUGUUAACUGGAUUAUUGUUUCACAAAUGUGCACACAUACAUCAGCUCAGCGGCACCAUUCAAGCAUUCUUGAUCAGUGGAUUUUGUUAUUGGAUCCCAAGAUUUGCUUCUGAUAUUUCUUGAAGUGAGUAGUUUAAUUUCCAGAGAAUCAUAUCUGCUGCGCAUCAAGUUCAUCUGGCAACUUGAGGGAUGGUGAACAAGCAGGAAGGCAUGUAGAUGAUGCAUUCGGCUGAGCCAUUUUAAUCAUGGAAGGCCUAUAUACCCAAUGGUUAACAAUUUGGUAGUAAACUACUCAAAUUCCUUCAUGUUUGACUGUGGUACUCUUAUUCCUAAGCUGUAACAGGUCAUUUCUUUACCAAAAUAAACGCAUCAGAGCAUCUUUAGGGAGUUCCUCGUUGUAUGAACGAGAAUUCUGUACAUGGUUUACAUUACAUGAAAGAGAAACUGACAAAUUUUCAUUCAAA